AUGAGGAACAUCGCAAAAUGGCGUUGUCAGCUGACGGAAUACGACAUAGAAUACGUGCCCCGCACGUCUAUCAAGGGGCAGGCAAUUGCCGACCACCUAGCAGAAUUCCCGAUCGACGACGACACGCCGAUUAACAUGGACUUCCCGGACGAAGAGAUCCUCCAGAUAGGUGAAGCGAAGGAGGAGCCAACAUGGAAGAUGUACUUCGACGGGGCUGUCAAUUCCGUGGGAUCAGGAGUUGGGGCAGUUUUGGUAUCCCCGGACGGACGCCAUUACCCGGUCGCUGCGAAAGUGGAUUUCUCUUGUACCAAUAACGUGGCCGAGUACGAGGCGUGCAUCCUCGGUUUGCAAGCGGCGAUCGAUUUCAAAGUGAAGGAGUUAGGAGUGAAGAAUCAGUUCGCGGACGCAUUUGCAACACUCGCAUCUAUGGCGAGUAUCUCGGAGGGGAACAUCAUCGAACCUCUCGAAAUCGAAGUGGCCAAAGGCCCGGCCCACUGCAAUGCAAUUGAAGCGUUCGAAGCAAAGUCGUGGUACGAAGACAUCAGGAACUUCUUACAAACGGGCCAAUAUCCCCCGUUCGCCGAUCGCCGCGAUCGAAAGACGCUCAGACGCCUCGCGAUGCACUACUUUCUGAGUGGCGAGAUACUAUACCGCCGCUCCUUUGAUUCCACGCUCCUCCCUGUGGUUGCUCUUGAGGUCUUGCUCCGUGCUGUUGUUGUUACUGCUGCUGUUGCUGCUGCUGCUGUACCUGCGUACCUUUAUGUUGGUUCCUUGUCCUGGGUUGCCACUGUUGUUGCUCUUGAUGUCUUGCUCCCUGCUGCUGCUGCUGCUGCUGUUGCUGCUGUACUUGAGAUGAUUGGGUUUGGAUAG